AUGUCCGACCCCAGACUUGUUGAUAUGGAACCGGGCGGAGAGAGCACUCAAUAUGAGUCUAUUAGGGAAUUCACUAAGAGUCCUCCCAAGCAGACCGGACAGCUAGGGGUUGGCCAGAAGCACACUAUAAGCGAAGCGAGCCCUGAUCUAGGGACACAUAGCCCAGGGCCAGCAUCCAGCAACGACGAGGAUGCCCAGGCACAGAAGCUAGGAAUGGGAGCAUUAGCUGACCCCGGUAAAGAUAUGAAACGUGACGAGGACGAUGCCGUGUCCAAGGCCCGCAGACAGCAGGGGUAUGGGCCUGGCUCUGGUGUCGGGGCUUAG